AAAAAAUUAAUAAACAAGUUGUGAAUAAAGUACCUUUUACAAAUUACAACUCAAAAUCAAUCAACUUAGGUAGGUACCUAUUUAGGUAAAUAAACACCCUAGUUUUAAAAAUACCGCUUCUACCAAUUCGGUUAUAGAGCUUACGUAAGCCUGUAAUUGCAUUAUUUUAUUUUAUAGGCAAGUUAAGUACAUUAUAAGAGUACAUACCUACCUACCUAUCUACUAUAGUAAAAUACCUAAACAUUUGAUUUGAUACUGCUUUUAGUUAUUGCCUUCUCUUUCACUCGCACGAGGAAUUAUUGUUCGUGGAAUGCGCGCGUCGACUAGUCUCGUUUCUUAUCGGCGUAAAAGCGGUUUUUGUAAGUUAUUGAUAACGAGUACAUUUUACCGCGAUUGAAAUAAGGUUGAAGUUUGAUUAACUGAAAGAAGCUUGACGUCUUAGUGCCAACGCAAAGUGCUUACGAGACUAGUCAUAGUGAUUACUUUGUAAAAGUACAUUUUGUAAAUUAUAUUAUGGAACUGAAGCGAAAGUUUUCAAAAAUAACAGAGGGUUAUAUAAAAUGUUACUUGGAAAUAUGAUUCCAGCGAGGAUUUAUACAGAUAUUUGACGUUUAUUUCACCGAUAGGAAACUUUUAAAAAUAGAACAAAAUAAAAAGUCCUUGAUAACUAGUCUCGUGAGGAGUGCGCUUACGUCAUCGGAUGGACUUUUUGUAGGUAUGUACGUAUGACCGCUAUUGGCCAACAAAAGCCUUGUCGGCGGCCAUUUUGUUGAUGCUGAGUCACCAAGGUGAAAAAUGUACUGUGCACUCCCCACGAGACUACACAACGGUAUUGGGCAUUUCCCUGAACAGAGCACAAAAUUUGGGUUUCAUGUUCCUUUACCUACCACAGCGGGUAUGGUAAAUUAUAUUUUCUGUGUAUUAAGAAUUAAAGGCGAUAAAUAGGUGUUAUUGUAUAUAUUCAAAACGCCGGAAUAAUAAUUCAAGAAAUGUUGCUAUGAAAAACAACUGUAAACUUAUUUUACUAUAAGUUUGUCACAUGGAGGACUUCAAAUUGGAUUGGAUGCAUUCAUUUAGUGAUUUAGUGUGAUCAAGUGAAUUGAAUAAAUAAACUAAUGAGUGAUAUCAGAUCGAAUGCAAUCUGUCUGUAAUGUAUCUGUCAAAAUAGUGCAGUGAUAAGUAAAUGCGCGCGUCCUGUCGGCGGAUUGUUUACGUAUAUUUAAAUUGAAAUUAAGCAGUGUUUGGCGCACAGAAUGUAGACUUACAUCGAGAUGCGUUUUAAUAUAUUGGACAAGGCGACUUGACGGAUUUAUUGCAGAAUUAAACCUCGCAACCAUGACAGAAACUACGAUGGUCAAGGUAAAGACCGAGCGGCCAGACGAGGCCGAGAUUAGGGAGUUGGCCGCCAAAAUGGUGGAGGCCAACAAAGCGAAGGCCUUAGCAGCGUCAGUAGCGGCAGCCAGACCGCCCUUAGUAGGGGGUCCCGCGCCUGGCCCCGGCGGACAGAUGGCUAUAGUUAACUUUCUGGCGCGAAAACCUGGUGUACCUACUCCUGCCGAACAGCGGCCCGCGCCUGACCCUGACAAGAAGACCCCCGCCCCAGAUGAAGCGAGUUGGAAGGGCCACUUCGGGUGGGACAUGCUCGGCAAAUGUCACAUUCCAUAUAUCUAUCGGUCUGGCGAGAAGUAUGUUGCCGUCCGGAUGGUAGAAAUCAAGCUACUAAACAAGUACCUGAACUAUUUGCAUGCAGAUAUAUAUUCCUGCACAUGCAUAAGAAGUUACUACAUCACAGAAAUUGAAGCAAGGCUUCUCAAUGAGAUCAACAACAGACAUUGUGAUGGGCAGUUUGGCAGAGAUCCCUUCACUCAAAAAGACUUAGUAGUGCGUUUAUCGGACGCUUAUGAAUUCUACAAUUUCUUAGAUGUGUGUUAUAAUAAAUUAUUACGUGGUACCACCAAUGCAAAGGACAAGUGUGGUUUUAUACGUAUAAAUAAAGAAUCAGUGGUACCUUAUACAGUAAGAGACAAUCAAAAGUUUGUUCCACUGUUUUAUUUUGAAGGUGAAACCGACAAUUUAAAGUUAAAAGCAGAUCAAUUAAAAGGUUGGGACUUGUCAUACCUCAAAUUCUGUUGUAAAGUGCAGGGGAUCAGAAAUGAGUUAUUUGCCAGUGAGACAUGUUCUGUGAUCAGUUUGUCAGACAUAAAAAGCUACUUCCCUCCUGGGACAGAGUUUGAGGAGUACUGGCCAAAUAAGGUGGUGGACUCCCAACUUCUGAUAGCUGCUAAAGGUUCAGUAUCAGGCGGCGGGCAAUGGACGCGCGCGCCGCCCGCGCCGCCGCCGGGCGUGCUGAGCGGCGGCGGCGUCAGCAUGGGCGGCUCCACGCGCGGCCGCCGGCCCGCCGCGUCGCGCCACUCGCCGGCCAGCGCCGCCAUGCAGAUGCCGCACGCCAACAUCUCCGCCGCCGCCGUGCAGGCGCUGGCCAACAGCUGGAGCCUGCCCGGCACGCUCACGCAGGCGCAGACGCAGCAAGUGCUCAGGCUGGCGCAGGCGCAAGUGGCAGCUCAAGCACAGGCAGCGGCGCGGUACAACAUAGCCGCCGCGGCCGCGGCAUUGCCGCAGCAUCGCUCUCAGCAUCAGAGGAAUGUACAGUUUCCCAACAGUGCAAUAACAAUGGCGAUGGGACAGCAGCCGCCCCCACCUCUCGUGAGGAGCUCUGCGAACACCACAACUAUGAACGUGCCUCCUCAAGUGACUGGAUCAAUGAAUGGCCACUCAACCUCUCACAGCGUAGAGAGCCGCAAGCGACUUACGGCCAUACCCGACAUAACAAUUACUGGCAACCAUACACCGUAUAAGGUCCAAAAAGCCCUAGUGGAGAACACGAUGGUCCCGUGCAUCAACGCGAAGCCCUACCAGUACACGGAGCUGCUGAUGACGCUGCCCGACCUGGCGAGCCACUUCUUCCCGCGCGUGUCGCUCAGCACGUGCCGCGCCAUGCUCGACGCCCUCGGCUUGACGCUCUACAAGCCUAACUCCACCCAGCUGCAAGUGCUCCGCAACUCCGGCAAGUGCAAGUCGGCGGCGGCGGGCGAGAACGGCAUGGCGCUGGUGCAGAUCCGCGACGUCAUGCAGCACAUGCCGCAGUUCAAGUACAUGCUGCGCUCCGGCCUCGCCGCCGACGAGCCGCACCAGGCGCCGCGCCCCGCGCACAACUCGCAGCCCGCGCACGCCAAACGCGCUAGAGCUAAUUGACUCUCGUAGCGAUACAUCAGUGAAUCAACUCUAGUGCUUGUCUGCUGCUAGUUCAUCACUUUGUGAACUGUACUGGUAUUGAAUCAUUCUCAAACAACUGGGCUGAAUGACUCAUAGUGAUAUGUCAGUGAAAACAGUGUUCCUAACUUUUGACAUGCAAAUUGAUAUAGAACAUGGCACACACUAGGGCUAACUAACUCUCUAACUUUGGUGAAAUAGUGCUGUUGUGACUGUGAAUCCUGUGGCUGGCUUGCUACUGAUAUAGACAGUGUAAUACCCGAAUUAUAACUGAACUGAUGGCCUGCAAACCACACUUAUAUAGACAGUGCCCAUCCUGUUAUUUUCUAAGUUAAAACUAUGGAUGGAGUCUCUCAUGAAUUAACCUACACUGCAUAAAAAUAUAUAUACUUUGAGGAAGGACAAGUUAGAGACAGACCUGUGCUGACCCUACAUAAGAAGUGGGAUAAGAUAGCAAAGAAAUGUGAUGUGCUCUUAUGUUAUUCGCCUUGAACCUGUAAUGUAGUUUAACUCUUCACUGAGAACUUAUAAUUUUAUAGGAAUCAGUGACACAUGUCAGGAAAAUUCAAAUUUUUAUUUGGAUUUCUUGAUGUGCUUAUUAUUUAUUAAACCUUUUAUUGAUCUUCAAAACUAGGCCCUGAGACAUAUUUGGAGAGAAAGAGCCAAAUGAUAAUAGAAAAUUAAGUACCUAUCUACUGUCUGAUAGGACAUCUUUUUGAUGACAAUAAUUGAAUUUAACACAGUGGGGAAAUAUUGCCAAUUUUUUCAAAUAAAGCAAGGAAGGCAAGGAAAUUCAAAUGCUAAAAUCAUAAUUUAAACAAAUGGUUUUACCUAUAGCAGGGAGGAAAAACAUAGUAAGGAAACCUGCACAUUCAGGCAACUGGAUGUGUGUGUGAAAUCAUGAUCCAUCCAAUUCGGUUUUGGUUCCCCUGCAAAGGUUAUGAAGGUCAGUCAGAUGGGAGUUGCUUUGUGUAAAAAACCUGACUCCAGGAUCCAUGUUCAAAGGCAAACUAACUAGGAAACCAGGACUAAAGCCAGGAUGAAGGAAGGUUUUACCUAUAAAGUUAAAUAUAAUUGAAAUUGUGAAGAUUCGAAAGAACAUUUGUCAGUCAACAUCACAACAGUUUGAAUCACCAAAAAUCCAGAGGAAGCCUUAAUAUAGAAAAGAAAGUAAGAAAAGACUAAUAAAAUUAAGAAAAAAAAAAUAUUGUUCCAUUCAAAUGUGGAAAUAUAGGCACUAUAAAUAUAAUUAAUCCACUAGCUUUUUCUUGAAAUUACAAGAAAAAUCUAGUAUAUUGAUUAUUCUUAUGGAACGAACCUAUUGUGUUAUCCACAGGGAGAAAAUAAAGGGCUUCCUUGGCAAAUUAGUAAAGAUUUGUGCAAUUUCUGAGAAUGUAGGAAUUCUUUUGCAUUUGCAAUUAUGCUGACCAUCAUUAUUUCUGUCUGUACAUAUAUGCACACUGUACAAAUUGUAAGAUACUAUUUUGUAAAUCAGAAGAUCUUAUUUGAAAUGAUCUAUGAACUAUUUAAUAGAAGACUGAAAAGUUUAUUUUAUAAUUAUUUCAUACUAAAUCAAAACCAUAGAAAAUGAUUGUAAUUAUUUAGUUUAAUAGUAUUUUCUAUUAAAAAGGUUUGUGUAGAAACAUUCUUCAUAUGUUGAAGUUAAAGGUAAAAUGUAUAUGUUAGUAGAUUAUUAAAUACUGCAAAUGCAGGUGUGUCUUUUUAGCAAUAAAGUAGUUUAAAAUAAUACUUAAACUUUUAGUGUACAACUGAAAUUGUAAGCAUUAUUUUAGCAUAUUGCUAGAAAUGCAUAUAAGUGACGCUUAGCGACGUAUCAUCACAAUGUUAUUAAUGUCUGUUCACAAAUUGUGGUCACAUUAGAUUUUUCUAAAUUGUAUUUAUAAAGAUGUCACUGUGAUGAGCUGCAUGCUGCUCUUAUUUCAUUAGCUUCAUUUCAUUCAAUCUUUGAAUGUGUGAGUGCAUGCAUAUUAUUAUAGUGUCAGUUGUGAGGCAGAAGCAUAGCCAGGAACAACUGAAAAGUGUAUGACGCCAAUGAAUGAAUAUUAU